AUGCUACUUAUCAAUAAAGUGCUAACUUUGUGGACAAUAUGCUGCAUACUCUUAUUUUCACAGACUUCACAGUCCAAUGGGAUUAUAAUCAACAAUUGGUUGAUUGUAUUGAUACCAAUGUGCUUUGUGGAUUUUAUUCUACUCAUCACAAGUCUACUGUUCAUGUCUGGAAGACCUCCUCAAAUAUUCGGUGAUUAUGAUGCGGGGAGCAAACUCAAUCGAACAUUGAUAGUGAGUUUUAUGCUGUGGAAAUUGGCUGGACAGACUGUUGUUUGCUUGUAUUUGGAGGGAUAUGUAGAUGGUUCAUCUUACAAUGGAUUUCGACAGUUACAACCAGGAGAUCCACCUGCGAGACAUCGCCUUGUUUUCUCAGUGUUUCCUUUAUGGACUACCAUGCUCAUGUGUUUAUUAGCCGUGUGUAGUCAAAUUGUAAAUAGCCGAAGUACAACAAUUUGGGCGUUUUGUACGAAUGAACAAGCAAGUGAAUGUCAUUAA